UCGAAGGAAGAGUACGAUUUUUGAUUUUAUGUUCUAUCUGUCAAUAUACAUGGAGUUUCUGCUAAGUUAUGUGAAAAGCUACCAAAAACUAAAUUGUAGUUAUUGAUUCUCAAGUUGUUGUGAAGCUUUUUAGACUAAAAUGGAGCAAGCAGCUAUGGAUGAUUCUACAGCAGAAGAAGAAUAUGCUGAGCAUACUAACGGGGAAUUCAAUUUACGGCAUCGCAAAAUUAUCGAUUGUGCCAAAGAGACAUUUGAAAAUGCAUCAAGAUUGUUGAGACGGAAAAUACCAUGUACCGGUCAUCUCAUGACUCCAAGGAGACUGUGGAUACAAACAGUUCCUACUCACGAAUGUGACGUAGUGCUGAUGUUUCCGCCAGGAGCGCAGGACCUGACGCUGAUGUGGCUGCUCUCGCGGCUGAGAGCGGGAACACCCGGCCUGGUGGUGCAUGUGAGGCAUCACGCGCACUCCGACACCUAUGGCUUCUACCUGACUGCACCUUUCCAAGUCUUAUUGAAAGCAGCCGAAGAAGUGCACCUACCGAAAGUGCUCCGCCAAGACCUGGGCGGUGGCCUGAAGGAGUUUGUGCAGACGGAGAUAGGCUGCUUCGAUGGUGUCGACGAGGAAGGUCACUUCUUCACGACGCAGGAGAGACAGUCACUGGUUCUACACCUCCUGCAGACGCUGCGGGCUGGAGUGGGCGACAACCUGCCUGGCAUGAAGAUCAUUGAGGGACAAGCUAUCGUUCCGAAGUGUUUGUCUGCAGGAGUUAUUGCUCAGGUGUUUCCAUUGCACGAUCUUCCUGCGCUAAAGCAAUUACGAGAAUCUUGGGUCCGUGCCUUCUUCCAUAAACAACCCCUUGAUUCUAUAUGUAGCUACUUUGGCGUCAAAAUAGCAAUGUAUUUUGCUUGGCUUGGACAUUAUACAUUCGCUCUUAUCGUGCCUGCUUUUGUUGGCUUCAUUUUUUGGGUGGGGUUUGUGCGCGGUGACCAGGCGACUGAGGACGUUGGCUUCGUUCUGUUCUCGUUCUUCAACGUGUUGUGGUUCAGCAUCUACCUGGAGGCGUGGAAGCGGUACAGUGCAGAGCUGGCCUACAAGUGGGGCACAUUGGACCAGCGAGACGAACUGCUACUUGAACCUCGGCCUCUUUUUACGGGCUCCCUGGAGGUUAGUCCGGUGACAGGACGUCUUGAGCCGACAUAUCCUGCGUGGAAGCGGAACGUCUUCCGUUACUUCGUGAGCUUCCCUGUGAUAGCCGUCUGCCUUGCCAUUGUCUUCGUUGUCAUGAUCCUCAACUUGAGAUUACAGGAUUGGUGGGAUCAUCAAAUUGAAUCAAAAGGAUACGCAUUUUGGCUUAGCUAUUUACCAAAAAUUCUCUUAGCAAUUGGAAUAACUCUAUUGGAUGAAGCUUACUAUAAGGUGGCCAGUUGGCUCAAUGAUAAAGAAAACUACAGACUUGAUACGAAGUAUGAAAACCACCUUAUCGUCAAAGUAGCAUUGUUCCAGUUUGUCAACUCCUUUCUAUCGCUGUUUUAUAUUGCCUUCUAUCUACAGGAUCAGGAGAAGCUUAAAGAGCAAUUGGCAGCCCUGCUGAUAGCGCGCCAAGUGAUAGGAAACGUGAAGGAGUCGGCAUUGCCCUACCUGCUAGAGCAGUUGCGUCUGGCUAAGAUGAGCUUCGACCUGUUCGGUGCGCUCAGUCCGAGCGACGCCACACGACAGCCGCCCGGCACCGACACGACACGACAGCCGUCCGGCACCGACACGACUGCGACCGGCGACGACAAGCGCACCAACAACCGCAACGUCAGUCAGGCCGAACUGGAGAGCUCGCUCUAUAAGUAUGACGGGACGUUCGCAGACCACCUAGAGAUGUACAUCCAACUGGGCUAUGUGGUGCUAUUCUCGUCGGCCUUCCCUCUGGCGGCACUCUGCGCCCUCAUCAACAACCUGGUCGAGAUCCGCACCGACGCAUUCAAGCUCUGCUUCAUCUUCCAGCGGCCCUUCGGCCAGCGAGUGCCCAACAUCGGCACAUGGCAGAACGCAAUGGAUGUGAUGGGGUUGAUAGCAGUUCUUGUCAACUGUGCAUUGAUUGGCUUAUCAGGACAAGUGCAUCGAAUGUUUCCGGAGAUGUCAACCACUCAAAACAUUCUUCUCAUUGUUGCUCUUGAGCACGUGAUGCUGAUUCUGCGGCUGUUGGUGACUUGUGCGAUUCCGGACCUGCCCGACUGGGUGGCGACCGAGAUGGCGAAGGUGGAGUUUGCGCGGAGGGAGGCAGUGCGCCGACUCAGCACCACCGCCACCACCACCCCUCCCCCAUCCAACGCCACCACUCCGCCCCCCACCAACAUCACCAACAUCGGAAGCCACCACCUCACUAUUGGACCACACGGAGGCGUCGACUGGGUGCGACGGCUGAACUCGGACGGGGCCCGCAAGACAAGUGAGCCGGACAUGGGCAGCAGUGCAGUCCACCGCAGCACCGACUGCAUAGUCACGCAGCAGAAGGACCUGGCCUCGGCCUCCGACUCCGACCUCCUCCGCUCGGCGCCUCCCUGGCUACAGUCGCGGUUUCCGUUCGGCGCCGACUCGCAACGGGCCGGUUCGUCUUCUCGGACACCAGCAUCUGUUGGCGACGACAGCGCAAUUUCAAAGAGCGGCGUCAGCGACUGCUCGCUGAGCGACUCUACGUCGCCCGACUCAGCAGCGGCUGCAGCCGCCAAGAAGUCGCGCGUCAAACAGGCGCUGAUCAAGCGCGCGCGCAGCGUAGCCUUUUUCUCGCUCAAACUGAAGGAGCGUCGCGCGAAUGCCGCCGCGUCCAGUGCCGCUGCCGACAAGGAGACGCCAGCCAAGCCUGUCAAGGAGAAGCCGUCGCCGAUGCGACCGCCCGAUCUGCAUGUUGGCGGGGAGCUCUCCUGCAUUCCCAUCGAGAAGCUCAUCUCUGUCGAGGAUAUCAACAAGCAGUUAAGACGCGCUGGAGAAUCGUCGUCCAACAACUAGUCCUCAACCCUAGUUACACUAGUUUGAUCAAGCAAAAAGGUAAGGUCCGGUUUCAAAGUCACUUAUUAAGUCUAAUGGAUCAUUAAAUAUAUAGGUUUAAUGGUUCAUCAGAUUUAAUAAGAGUCCUAGAAGCCGGGCUCAAGGGUAACCGUCCACUGGAACCGUAUUCAACCGAUCUGUUAGGCCUGGAUCGGACGAAUCUGCAGGCUGUUAAUUCGGCCGAACACGGUCGUCCAUUGGAACCGUCUUCGUCAGUCUAGUUCAGUAGUUGGCUGGUUGCUAGAAAGUGAAGUCCCAACCUAGUUCGUAGGGAAAGUCAUUCUUUUGUGUGUGUUUACUCACAAAUAUAAUAAAAAAAUCAAAUCAUUCAUUUGCCAUACAAUAAAUACAUAUUCAAAACAUAAUAAAAGAAAAUACAUAAUUUUAUAAUCAAAAGUAUAAAAUAAUAAAAUGAAAAUUAAGCAUAAAUAAUACCAAAAUCAUAAUUAGAUACUUUUAAAAAAGAUUUAUAAAACAGAACAAGUUCAAAAAACAGACAAAACUGUGAAACAAUUUUGAGGUUAGGAUGAUGUUGUCUCAGCUCGACUUCGGCCGUGUAGAGCCGGAAAAUCCCAUUUAAUUCGGAUCGAAAACUUGAUCGGCCGGAGACGUCCGUGCACGGACGUAUGUAUGAACCUGUUGCAAUGGACGAGCAUCUAUAGCUUUCUUUGUUGGGGGAUCGUUCGGACGAGUUCGGUAGUUUUCGGCCGAUGCUAGUUCGGACGAAAUCGGUUCCAGUGGACGGCCCACCUAAAUGUAUUAAGCUGUGUACAGACUUUUGCACCACUAACAUGCGCAUUUCGCGUUCUAUCAGCUGAUUAUAUCUGUAUCUGUACAGAAACGUUAAGAUACAGAUAUAAUAAUCUUAGCAUCAUUUGAUAAAAAUUGAAAAGCACGUGCUCGUGACGCUCAAGUUUGUACACACCUCUAGAUGCGUGUCGCUUCUUACAGCGACUCAAGUAUAGCAUAGAUCAACCAUAGAUAGGAAUUAGGAAGUGCAAUCCUAGUCACUUACACGUAAGUAGGGAGAAAUAUGGGUGUUCUGAUCCAGAUUUAAGGUUCAUGAUUACUCUCAAGUAAUGCGCAAGUUCAUCACACACGCACUACUAUAGUCUGUGCAAAACUUGAAUUGCAACACUGUUAUCUUAACUCACACUUAAGCGAAUCGGGUCGAAAAGAGAAUCGACUUUAGUCGAGAGCAUGUGUUUCCAAAUGACCACACUCAGAACAGUCGACUCUAGUCUCCGCGACUGUCACCAUUUGAAAACACAUGCUCUCGAUUAGAGGCGAGUCUCUUCUCGACCUGAGUCGCGUAAGUGUGACUUACAGUCAUUUGUAAGUGUGGCGCCAUUUCACCAAACUGCUAGGGGGGGGGGCAAAAACCAAGAGUUAUGAGGGGGGAAGGAAUACCCCCAAAAGAUAGAGGGUUCUGGGUUUUUCCCCAUAACUGUUACAUUCGAAGAUGUUAUUAUAUGCUUCAUUUUCCAGUUUUAUACAAAUGUGGUUGAAGUAUCAAUACAAAAAAUACAUUAUUAGUUAUUGAAUCAUUAAAUAUUCAUCAGAAUAUAGGCCUUCAGAGCUCUAAAGCUCUAAAGAAGGAAUACACUGAAACAGAUUUCUUAAAAAUCAUGGAAACAGAUAAUUUUUUUUUACAAUGACAAUUUCAUUGGGAUCAUAUUCUAAUUGGAAAAUAACUUUCAGUUAGAAAGCUAAAGAAACAUUAAGCUGUUCCCAUAAUUCUCACCAACUCUGUACAUACAUUUUUGAUUGUCUGAUUGUUUGUUCCCUUUCUUUUGCUUUCACUGUGACAUCUUGCAACUUGUUCAUUCUCACGUUGAAAUUUAUGCGAUCACUCAUUUAUUGUGCCCUGGUCAUUUUAUUGUGCCCUGGUCACUAUUUAAUUGUACCUAUUCUAUAUUUAAGCUUCAACUAUACCACAGAGAAAAAUAUAUUCUUUACUACUCCGUACCCGUAUCCAUACAUUCAAGGCAAUUUUGCUACAUUGUUGAUACUGUAGAAGGAAUUAUACUACUGCUGUUCAAAAAAAGUUGUAAUCAGUAUGAGAUUCUAAGGAUUCGUGUAGAUAGACCCGCAUUUUCAUUAUUUAUCUGAUCCUUGGAAGGGCCUAGGCCCCCCCCUAAAUGGCGCCCCUGCUUACAGUCAGAAAGAAUGUGAGCUAAUUGCGUGAGAGAAAGAGCGAAAAAAGAGCGUAGGAAAUUUUGAUGAAAACAGCAUAAAAACGGCAACAGUGUGCUCCCAUUCUCGUAAGCACCGUGCUGCACCGGAACAUAGUAAGUUCGUUAUAAUAAGAAGCAAGACACAAGUUAGAUCACGCAGCAAGCUAAGUCCCGGUGUCUAGGAGACUUAUUAAAUCUUAUGAGCCACUAAACCUAUACUUUUGAUGGUCCAUUAGAUUUAAAACUUGUUCGAGAAACUGGCUCUAAGUCACCUAUAAUUGUGAGAUUCACUUUGAACUAUGACCUUUGGUUUAAUGGAAAGCAUAUUGA